CCAGUUUCUGUGAUUGUUCUCUUUGAUCAUCACCCUUUCCGCUGCUUCUCCUAGCGCACCAAUCCAGCAGGGGAAGAGUUGUUGGCUUCAAGCAGGACAAUUUCGAUAGGUUUACGCAAAUGGCGACCAAGGCGCUUCGGCCUGGGAAGGCGAAGCUGCAAGAGCGAAAUGACGACCGUGUCGAACUUUCGCCGAAAUGGUCGUCCAACCUAUUGGAAUCUAAAUCGACUUAUCCAGACCAUUUACCCACAUAUUUGGAUAUGCAUCUCGGAACAAGUCAGCCACUUCAUUCCACAUUGCUGAAGGGUGUAUUCGGGAGGGGCGCAGGAGAAGCGGAUGAUAUCACAAUUAGCGAGGGAGCAAAGGGAUGUUGGCAGAACAGAAGCUAACGACCUCCUGCCAUA